AUGGGCGCGCUUAACAGUAGUUCGCUAAAAAAUGCCGGAUCGGAGUGGAUUGGUCCAAGUUCGACACGUACGUGCAGCCCCGCUCGGCACACUCGUCUGUCCUCGUUGAUUGCCAGCAACAGCAAUAGAUGCUUCACCGGCAAAUUGGCCAGCUUGCAUUGGCGAAGAAAGUGCCGACAGAUCUCGCGUGAAGACAAGCGUGCAUUUCGAGCUCUGAUAAGCCGGUGGACCAAUGUCGAGUUGGCGGCUUUAUUCACUGAAAUGGAAAGUGCCUGGGCCGUGCGGGAGAUGGUGCUGUUGGCAGAAGAAGCCCGUCCGAGCACCUCUUCGCUUGCAACUGACCUUCUCAGUGCUUGGCAGAACGAAAUCGUCACCGAUUGCUUCGUGAUUCAUAAGAGUGUUCGUUAUGCGGCGCAUUCAUUUGUGCUUCGUGCUCGGUGCCGUUAUUUUUGCGAUUUCUGGGAUUCGCUUUUUGUUGAACCGUCAGCGGAUGGUAACACCGUCAGUGUAGCGUUUCCGCACGAUAACACCUCAUCCGAAAUGUUCAAAGCAAUGUUGUAUUAUAUUUAUACCGGUGAAUAUGACAAAUCGUUGAGCGAAGGUGAUCGUCAGCAUCUUACUACUGUUUUACAGAGGUUCCGUUGUGUUUUUUUUUUUUUUUUUUUUUUUUUUUUUGAGCCUUGCUGCAAAUCCACUGACUGCACAUCUCAUUUACAGCUGGAAGCAGUACGAAUAAAAGUGGGGUUUGAUCCUCCGUUCAUUUUUCAUUUUUUUUUUUCGGUUGACAGCAUCCUUGUGAUGAGUGCUGCCACACGUUCAGGGAGAGGGAGGAAUCGCGACUAUCGGCUGAAAUGUUCGGGGGCGAUUCUAGCUGCACGGUCCAAGUAUCUGCGUUCGCUGAUUGAGAAACGUAUCGCUUGCGGGCAGAAACUCGAAAUUGUCAUCAACGAGCAUCUCUUUCCUCGUAGCUAUGCACAUAUCAUUCUGAAUGCUAUUUAUACCGAUCGAUUGGACUUCAGCAAGAUGUUGGAAGGAUGUCAAGUGUCGGCGAGCAGCUUAACCGAAGUCCAAGCAAUUGCAUCUGGCCAGCGGCACUUGGCGCCACUUCGUCAUGCCAUCGAUAUAUUCCACAUCGCCCAGUUCCUGAGCCUCCCGCAGCUUGCACACUCUUGUGAAGAUGCUAUCGUGGCUCAGAUAUCGGUGGAGACGGUCAGUAGCUUGUGGAAUUGGGCAUUCGAGCCCGGAGGGUCGGCAUUUGUGCGUCGUCAUUGCACUGCUUUCCUACGUACCGAGUUUUCGCGAAUAUGUUCGUCACAUGUAUUGUUCGAGCUCGAGGAGGACAUGUUGCGUGACUGCUUACUUUCUGACUAUGUCCAGUGUGCUGAAGUGGAAAUUCUCGAAACAGUGAUACGUUGGGGUGAGCAUGAACUGGUUCGACGAAUGGAGGAGCGCGAGCCGAAUUUGAUCGCCAAUACCACGCACAGCAUUAGUCGUAAAGGAAUACGUCGCUCGGAGCUGAAUGACGUUGAGCUGAAGAAUAUCUUGGCCAAUUUGUUACCGCUUGUUCGGAUCGAUUACAUUUUACCUCCGUUUCAUCAGGCAAGCUUUUCAUUAAACUUCCAUCCAAUGUGAGCUUAA